GUUAAAGUCAGGCCAGUACUGUCUAUUUGAAUGUAAGAAGUCCAGAAGGGUUUAAAAAUAUCCUAAAUAAUUGAAGUCGCGCCCAAGUUGCAGCGUUAUAACAAUUUAAAGUGUAAGUGAGAACUAAUGCAAGGUUAUCUUACACUAGGCUUUUAAUUAUUUCUAUUAAAUCUAAUAAGUAACUCAGACUGAAACUCUUACAUUUGCAGCACACAAGUCUUUCACUGCAAAAUGAAAAUUAGUUUACAAAAAUAUCAGAAAAUGGAUAAACCCGCCCCAGGCAUUAGCACCAACACCUUCAGUGUACGCUAGCAAAGUGCUUCUUACAAAGAACCUUCAAUGCUUCCUAUUGUGCUUGGGCAUUAACACCUUUUCAAAGUUAAAUCCAAAGGAUUGUCCACAUACUACAGGAGGUAGUAUUAGAAUGCGCUUAUAACAAAUGGUUAAGGAUUUUGGAGAGCGUCACCAUGUGGGCGGGGUCAGUGAAAAGGCACAAUCCACAAUUAAAGAUGAACUUUCUGUGAACUAAUUUAUCUGACUAAGGUAAAAAAAAAGAGGCUGAGACCUGGAAAGCGUAUAAAAGGAGGCAUAAAAAGGAUCAAACUCUGUCGACAGCAAAACCUUUCAACAGUUUUCCUCCAUCACCUUAGACUAUAAGCACCAGCAUUGCUGCAGCUACUUUCAGAAUACAAUGGUUUUGUACACGCUCUUUGCGACUUUUUUUUGCACCCUCGUGUUGCCACUUUUGUUAUUUUUAGCUGCAGUGAAACUAUGGGAAAUUUACAUCGUAAGUGGAAGAGAUCCUACUUGCCCGAGUCCUUUGCCCCCCGGUACGAUGGGGAUACCGUUUCUUGGUGAAACUCUUCAGAUGGUUCUUCAGAGGCGAAAAUUUUUGCGCAUGAAGCGCCAAAAAUACGGGUUUAUCUACAAGACGCAUCUUUUCGGGAGCCCCACCAUUCGGAUAAUGGGAGCUGAAAACGUGCGACAGAUUUUGCUGGGGGAGCAUAAGCUUGUAUCCGUCCAGUGGCCAGCGUCUGUGAGGACCAUCCUGGGUUCAGGCACUCUUUCCAGUUUGCACGACUCUGAGCACAGAAACCGUAAGAAGGUGAUCAUGAGGGCGUUUUCCAGGGAGGCUCUGGAAUACUACGUUCCAGUCAUAGAGGAGGAGGUGAGAUGUGCAGUGUCAGAGUGGCUAGCAAGUGGCUCCGUAGUUCUGGUAUAUCCGGAGGCAAAGCGCCUCAUGUUCCGCAUUGCCAUGAGGAUACUCCUCGGGUUUGAACCCGAGAAGACUAAACGAGACGAGCACGAAUUGGUGGAUGCCUUUGAAGAAAUGUCUAGAAACCUGUUCUCUCUGCCCAUUGAUGUUCCAUUCAGUGGUCUAUAUCGGGGACUAAAAGCUCGCAAUUUAAUUCAUGCCAAAAUCGAUGAAAAUCUGAAGGAAAAGAUUUCCAAUAACAACUUCGACAGUCAGCACAAAGACGCUCUGCAGCUGUUAAUUGAACAUGGUGAGAAAAACGGAGAGCGGCUCAGCAUGCAGGAGCUGAAGGCAUCAGCCACUGAGCUGCUGUUUGGGGGCCAUGAAACAACAGCCAGCGCUGCCACCUCCCUGGUGAUGUUCCUGGGUCUGCAUCCAGAAGUCGUGGAAAAUGUGAGGAAGGAGCUCUAUGCUAAGGGGUUUCUCGGAAGCAGCAGCUCGGACAAAAGGCUAAGCAUCGAAAAUCUUGAGCAUCUUAAGUACACUGGGUGUGUCGUCAAGGAGACAUUGAGAAUUAGUCCAUCGGUACCGGGGGCUUUUCGAGUGGCUCUGAAAACGUUUGAAUUAAAUGGUUAUCAGAUUCCAAAAGGUUGGAACGUUAUUUACAGCAUUUGUGACACACAUGAUGUUGCACCAAUUUUUCCAAAUAAGGAAGAGUUUAACCCUAAUCGAUUCAUGGCAGAUCUUCCUGAAGAUGCAUCAAGAUUUAAUUAUAUUCCCUUUGGCGGUGGUUCAAGAAGCUGUGUUGGCAAAGAGUAUGCAAAGAUCCUUCUCAAAAUAUUUUUGAUAGAACUUGCAAAGAGUUGUAACUGGACUCUCUUAAAUGGACCACCCACAAUGAAAACGGGACCAACUGUUUACCCAGUGGACAAUCUCCCUACAAAAUUCUGCCAUUUUAUUGACAGCUACAAAUAGUCUGCUCUAUAAUUCUGUCAUUUUUUUUUUAAAGUUUCUGUUUAAAUUUUAAAACAUUGUAUUGUCAUGUUUUGUAUUUAACUUGUGUAUUUAUAUGUCCUUUUUAAAUGUUUUUUUGUAAAUAGAUGCACGUGAUGUGCAUAAAACAUGUACUUCUUUAAGCACUAUAUGUGAAAUUAGAAUAAUUGUAUUUUCUUUAUAAAUUUAACUAUUCUAUUUAAAGUAACAACUAAACAUUAGCAUUGUAAUAUUUAGUAUGUUUACUGCAAUUUAUUUAAAUUAUACAAACUGUAUGGGAUUUUGGAAAUAAAUAUUUUUGAACAUAAA